AUGCCGUGUCAGCCAGUAGGACAGGGUCAUCGAGGCCCCCGUUCCCGAAGCGCCUCUCGGGUGGGAUGACGUACACACGGACAAGCCGGCCAGGCCCGUGACGAGUGUACGGUGUGCGAUGUCGGCCAGACCUAAUCGAGCGGCUCCAGACAUGGCUUGUGAAUUCAAGCUUGGACUGCAGGAUAUGAGCGAAGGUCGCGGGGGUUUUGGCAGUCGGUUGAGGUUGAGGUCGCGAGCCAAAUGGCGAUGUAACUUCCGCGCCGGCGGCCCGACGUCUAAGGCUGGGCUUGGGAGAGGUUGGGAAUUGUUUGGGGCGUCUGAAGAAAAGAGCACAAAAAGGGCGGAAAAGAAGGAGGUUCACCUCAUUGUAUCUUGUAAUCCAUAUCUUCAGAGCCUACCUUUUUCAUUGCACUCAACACUGCUGACCGAAGCUUGAGAACGCUUUGAAGUGAGGCCGCUGCGAUCGGGACCGCCCGCCUGAUUCUCAAGCUUAGACAACCCAGAUCUACGUGUACCUGGCGUAGGUGUACUGGCUACACCGAGGAUUCCCGACUUCGGUGCGCACGUCGUACGACAAGAGAGUACGGCAAUGUACAUCAUGUGUUCGUCUAUCCUUCUUCCCUUCUUAAGUUGAUGUUCUUAUUUCCCCCCCCCCUUUUUUUUUUUUUUUUUUUUUUUUUUUUAAAAAAAUUUUACUGGGGCUCAUAAAUUGCAAUCCUUCGGGUUGGCUGGGACCGCUACAAAAAGAGCUAAAAGAGGUUAUAAAGCAACGACGGCAAGCAAUUGGGUGAAAGUCAAACCCCUGCGCGCAAAGAGCGCUGCGCAGAUCAAAACCCGCCGAGCACCUAACGCGGACUCCAACGGGCGGUGA